GCCACGUAGGGUGGGUGAGGAGGGUGUGUUUUGAUGAAAACAGAGACAAUAGAAUAGCAAGAGAAAUCAAACCAAACCUGCAUUUUGUAACAUCCACUCCCUCCCUAUCCUCUCUCUGUUUCCUCUUUCACAUUCAUUCUCAAUCGUUUCAAUGGCUUCUGGUUUCAUCUCUGAUCCUCCACUCUCCAAGAAGAAGAGGACAAAUGGCUCGGCGAAACUGAAGCAAAUCAAGCUUGAUGUUAGGCGUGAACAAUGGCUCUCUCGAGUCAAAAAAGGAUGCAAUGUUGACUCAAAUGGAAGGAUGGAUAAUUGUCCAUCAUCUAAGCACACUGCCAGUGAGGAGAAUCGAUCAUCGUGCAAGGAAAUGACGAGGAAAGGAGAGGAUAUUGAAGGUACUUGCAUCCAGGACAGCGAUUCGAGAUCCACGAUAAACAGCCCUGAUCGAAGUACUUACAGUCAUGAUGAGUCGUCAGGGAAGGAUUUCUCUGGGAGCAGCAGCAACAGCAUUAGUACUUCUUGCUCUGGGAAUGACAGUGAGGAGGAAGAUGAUGAUGGAUGCCUUGAUGACUGGGAGGCGGUCGCUGAUGCUUUAUACGCAAAUGAUAAGUCGCAUUCUGUGGUUUCAGAGUCUCCUGCAGAACACGAGGCGGAGUGCCGCUAUACUGUUCUGGAGGAUGAUAAGAAUCCUAGAGUGGAUUUCUCAAAAGCAGAUUUCAAGUCAGAAGUUCCUGAGUCAAAACCGAAUCGUCGAGCAUGGAAGCCUGAUGAUACUCUUCGUCCUAGGUGUUUGCCCAACCUCUCAAAGCAACGUAAUUCUCCAUUAAACUCAAACUGGCGCGGUAGCCGCAAAACUGUACCUUGGGCAUGGCAAACAAUCAUAUCCCAACCUUCUCAAUGUCCUAUCUGUUAUGAGGAUUUAGACGUGACGGACUCCAGCUUUCUUCCUUGCUCAUGUGGAUUUCAUUUGUGCCUUUUUUGUCACAAAAAGAUCCUCGAGGCAGAUGCGCGAUGUCCGAGCUGCAGAAAACUAUAUGAUCAUGUAGAUGGGAACGUUGGACUCAAUAUAGGAGCCAAAGCUUUCCGUAUCACGCAAUCAUGCCGAACGGGUACGGGGUGGUAGCUCCUAGACGGCUGAAUGUGUUUUGGGAAACAUCAUGAAACUGAACAAUGUUUUUGUGAGGAGUACAUCAAAUAAUUUGAAGAUUGAAAUUUGAAAAUAAAAUAUCUUAUUUAGUUGUAGAGGAUGCUCUACUCCCUUAAGCUAUAUGAUCUUUGACUCAUGAAAUAUCGUAUGCUUUCUAGACCUUAUUCCUUGAUUUAAUAAUGAGAUUUCUGAGUAUGUAUUGGGUAAGAUGGAGCCCAACUGCAUUUAUUGAUAUGUUGAUUUUGAAUGUACUAGUGCGUGUUUAGAAAAUCUUCUACAAUUGAUUCUAAAGCUAUAAUCAAUUUUGGGGAGAAGCUUCAAUGAGUAACUUCUGGGUUUCAGAAUUGAUAUUGAGGAAAGAGAAGCCGAUCCAAACAUGCUAUUGGUUAUUUGUGGCUGAUUUUGAACCUCCAAUCAUGGAAGCUAGCACACUUUACAUUAGCUGUUGUACCAGCUGUCCAGCUUGUAUCCAUGACUGAUACUCAUUAUGAUUAGUCCAGUGUGUAUCUUACAUUUUUGUAAUUGAGUUUUUGUGCCAAUGCAGGUUGAAUAUCAUGUGACUUGGAUAAAUGAUAUACUCUUUUAUUAUUUCUGCAA